AUGUACUCGUCCGGUAUUGCCGUUGGCUUCGAGUCACUGGCUGGUGAUUUGCAUCUGCCUUUUGCGAAAUUAUCAGAGCUUAUCACAUACUCUGUUCUAGCCAUGGGACUAUCCAAUCUGGUUUGGAUGCCCCUAGCUCUCAUAUUUGGGAAACGUCCUAUCGUCUUGGUAUCGAUGGCAAUGUUCCUGGGUGGUAUCAUCUGGAGCGCCGUUGCAAAGGACUUCAACAGCCUCCUUGCCUCACGGGUCUUUGCUAGCUUUGGAUAUGGCUCAAUCGAGUCCCUUGGGCCAAGUAUCCUUGCUGAUCUAUUUUACGAACGAAAUUAUUCAAGUGCAAUGGCUAUAUACGCUGCGUUCUUGUCAGGUGGCUCACAAAUCGGUCCUGUCAUUGCUGGUUAUUUGAUUCAAGCCAAAGGAUGGAGAUGGUUCUUCAUCCUGUGUGCCAUCAUUGCUGCCGUCAACUUCAUAACCACGAUAUUCCUCCUCCCCGAAACUCUGUACGAAGUCGAGCCAGAGCCCGAAGUCGUUGACGAUAUCGAAAAGGAUGUUAGCAGCCAUGUCGAGACCGUUACGCGAAACGAUACUCGCACAGAGGCUCGUGCCCAAAUGAAUUAUGGAACUUACUGGGAGGAUCUGUGGUCUCUCGGGAUCUCGAAGGAGGCAAAGGAAAAAGGCGUUCUCAAGCACUUCACAUACUUGUUCAUCCUUCCUUUCCCACUCCUCUUGGUCCCUGGAGUGCUGAUUGCGUCUGCCAUGUAUGGCGUUGUACUUGGAGCUGUUGUCAGUAUCUCCACAAUUGCGCCUGAUGUCUUCUCUCCGCCACCAUACCUAUUUUCGUCUGCGGAUCUCGGCCUUUUCACUUUUAGCAGCUUUGCGGGAAUUUUGAUUGCUGCACCAAUCGCUGGACCCUUGACAGAUUACUUGUCCCGCUGGUUACGUGUUCGCAAUAAUGGUGUUCACAAGCCCGAGCAUCGUCUUCCGGCAUUGAUUCUCCCUUUCCUCAUCUGUCCUGUGGGGCUGAUUGUUUUCGGAUACACUGUCGCAAAUCACCAGCACUAUGUUCGUCCUGCUGUUGGUGCUGCAAUUUGUGCUGCUGGACUUACCCUCGUUCCAUCGGUCAUGCUGUCAUACGUCGUGGACUCAUACCCGCGCACCAGUGGUGAGGCAUUGGUGCUUGUGAAUGCCUCUAAGAAUGUGGUUGCUUUUGGUCUUGCUAAAGGUUCUUAUUCUUGGAUGACUCAGGAAGGCUUGGAGAAGAUGUUCUAUGAAUUUGCUGGAAUUGAGUGGGCUGUAUUGUUUCUGGCUCUCCCUUUGUAUAUAUUUGGACCCUAUGUGAGACGGCGGACUGAGCAUCUGUUCUAA